AUGCGUGGCUUCAGCUUGAUAUACAUUACACAUGAUCAAGCAGAUGACACGGAGAAAGAGCUCCUCAAUAAUCCAUCCCAAUUGAAGACAAUGACUAAACCGCAGGGUCUUCAGAUGGGGCCGAGUCUCCAGAAGUCACGGGACGGCCUCUACAUGACCCCAAGGAUUGUCAACCAAUCAACUGCUGCUUUGUACCGAAAGCACUGGUCGCCAAUACCAGUUGCAAUCCCAUUCCGACCGCACCAGUGCACCAACUUCGGUCAUGUGUUGGGCGAUAAUGUCUUCGCCAUGUUUCGUAUCCUCAAGAAUUUUGGAUUAUACCAUCCUGAGCUUCAGUUUCUUCCCAUACGUGCCGAUUGUGUGAACAAAGAUGAGUGUGGCGAUCGCUGUUCGAUGUUGUCACAACUUUUCGACCCCUUCUUAAAAGGUCCAGUCGGAACACCGUUUCAUGUAAAGGGAAUCUUCAGGAAUUACUACAAAGCGGCCUUGGAUAUUUCCGCAAAACAGCAUCAGCAAAUGAAACUGAACCCGUCGUCACUCCCGCUUCUAUGUUUUGAAAAUGUGCUGUCCGGUUUGUAUUACUACGCCGACCAUGGGGAAGAUCCGGCAAGGCACGGUGAUGGGUUCAAUACUUUUCUGACCGGCUCGGGAGACAAGUUACUGGAAUUUCGGGAUCAAUACAUGAUACGCUUGGGCCUUGAUCCAAAUCGUCACUUGUCCAACCGAUUGUGUCAAGUUGGGGUAGAGUCUGCUUCGAUCCUCAUAGUUCCUCGACGACCCGAUUCCAACAGAAUCAGUGGAUGGCAUGACGACAAGCUGAUAGCUGAGCUCCAAAAGACUCUUCCGAACGAAAACGUCACAGUUGUUGAUUUUUCUAUUCAUGGCACAAGAGCCCAGGUGAAGCUGGCUUCAACUGCCAAAGUGCUGGUAUCGAUGGCAGGUGGGGCCAGUUACCUGGCUUGGUUUCUUGCUCCAGGAGCUUCUGCACUUGUUCUGAAGCGGUGGGGCACAUUAAAUGACGCGUUUAUCUGGGAAAACUUUCCGUAUAUCAAGAAGAGUUAUUUUAGUGCGACGAGUGACAGUGCUUCCAAUAGGACAGAAGAAGUAUUUGAUUAUGUGAACAUGAGUAAGAGUGUCGAACACCUGGUUCAAAGUUACGACCGUCGCUUUUGCGAGAAAUAG